AUGCCACUUUCUCUAUUUGUAGCAGUCAACAAUCAUUUUCGCACCCGUCUUGUUGCUCAAGCUUUGGUUAAUGAUGAAACCAAAGAAACAUACGAAUGGCUUCUCACUUGUACUUUAAAAGCUACGAAUUAUGCUCCACGAGUUUUUAUUACUGAUGCUGAUCCUGGUAUGGAUGCCGCUAUAGACAUUCAAUACAGCCGUACAUAUCCGCUUCACUGUCUCUAUCACAUCUCACAAAAUCUUAUUCGUAAUCUUAAAGCAUCUCUUGGUAAUACCUAUAAUGAUUUCUUGAAAGAUUUUCAUAUAUGCCGUAAUAUUUUGUCUCCUGUUGAGUUUGAUUCCCAAUGGCACAAUCUCGUUACAACAUACUCCAAGGCAGCUAAUUAUCUUAACUCUGAACUCUAUCCUAGUAAAGAAAGAUGGGCUAAGGCAUAUACAACUAAAUUCUUUACGGCCGGUAUCUCAUCGACAUCACGUGUUGAAAGUGAAAACGCGGUAAUAAAGAAUGUUCUUCGAGGUCGUCCCAGUCUUUGUGAACUUGCCGCUAUUUUAGAUCU